AUGGGUGACACAGAAUAUUAGUGGGCCUUAAAGAAUGGAGACUUGGAUGUGGUCCGAGAGUUUGUAGCCAAGGGUGAAGAUGUAAAUAAAACACUUGAAGGAGGAAGAAAGACUCUACAUUAUGCUGCAGACAGUGGACAGCGGGAGGUGUUAGAGUUCCUGUUAUCCAAAGGAGCAGAUAUUAAUGCUCAAGAUAGGUAUGGUAUCACACCACUAUUUUCAGCCACCUCAGAGGGUCAUAAGUCCUGUGUUUCAUUGCUCUUGUCAAAGGGUGCUGAUAAAACUGUGGUAUGUGGAGGAAUGAAAAUCAUUGAUGCUACUGAAAGGCAGGACAUAAAGCAUCUUCUGAAGUGAUGAGGAUUUGGAUUA